GAAAAUCAAUAGUAAUAAUUGACAAAAAUGCCUGAGCUGGGUCCUAUGAUGCGUGCGCUCGAACUGCAGCGGCUGAUCGAAGACAAAGUGUCUGAGUGGCGCGAAAGGUCAGCCCAGGUCGCCGGAGGGACCGUGGCCGACUCUUAUCAGCAACCACUUAGUUUCAAGCGUCACACAAACAGGCGCAAGAACAGUGCUGAAAUCAACAGAAUUAUCGCAAAGUACUCAAAGCCGAACAAGAGGGCGGACGAGCGAUACGUCCUCCCGCAACCCACUCCAGAAAUAACUCCGCCGCGGCCCGCUAGGAACAAAAAGUCCAAUUUGAAGUUGUCCAAAAGCGAAGACAAUCUUGCCAGCGUCAGUGUCGAUUUGAAUACUCACCCUGACCCGACGGAAAUCCGACCUCCGCCUCGUGGUCGGUUCAAUAUGGCUAAGUACAGCACCAAAAGUUACGAAGACAUCACAACGUUUGUUGACAUCCAUCACACCAACCGGAGCAAAAAUUUCGAAGAGAACAGCAUUCUGAACGCGAAGCCAGCCAACAAAGAUUCUAGACCCAACAUCUAUAGCACCGGCGAAAAUGUGUCGAAAAUUACGGAUUUCAGUGAUAGUGGUGUAAAAGCGCGUCAAAAGUCGAAUUUUACAACAUCGACACCUUUGUCUAAAAGAAAAACGUAUGCUGCAGGUGAUUCUGUAUCAUUGGAUUUUGAAAAGUGUUCUAAUUAUGAAGCUAGUGAUCCUCGAAAAGGCUCUUCGGAGCCCGAUUUACUUAGCGCAGAUAGUGUGGACUCUGUAGUCACGUCAAAGACGACAGACUCUAAUAAGCGAUGGAAACUUUUGAAAAAACCUUUUCAAAAAGGAACAUUUGGCUGGUUGCUGCGGUGGCGGAGGCGUGGAAAAAAGGCCAAUCCUCAAAAGACUACUAGAAUACAAGAAGUAGACGACAGUUUCUUCGAGAAAUUUGGGUCCAUACUAAAGGCCGUGUCACAGAGGGCUGCUAUUGCGGAAGCCACGCCUUUAGCUCCACUAAAGGAGGUAGAAGAACAAGAUGGAGAACAGAAGAUUGAAGGAGACCUUCAGACUGUGUGUCGCUCUACUCUAGAUACUGAUAGCGGGACUGAAACUCUACUGGACACAGAUUCGGAACCGGAAGAUACUGAGAAGGUUGAUUUUCUCAAAGAAGCCGUUGGAUGGAAUAUCGAUGAACUUUAUUUGGAAAUACUUUACGAAAUACUCCACAAUGUCGGGGGAUGUGACGUAGGUUGUGAAGUAGGGCAGUUAGCCAUGCUGUCUUACGUCCAAGAAGCCUUUAAGAUAUCAAAUGAAAAACACACAUUAUUACUUACUCAAGCAGAGGCUAAGGAACCACCAGAAUUAAGACUUAAUGUGGAAUUAGUGGAAGCAAAGGAUUUAGUGCCGAAGGAUCCCAAUGGACUCAGUGACCCAUUCGCGACAAUUUAUUUGAUGUCUAAUUCUACGCAUCGGUACAACACUUCUGUGAAAAUGGGAACACUCAAUCCCACUUGGGAGGAAUAUUUUUCUUUACCAAUGCCGGAAAACGUUAACGAAGAUUCACUUUGUUUAGAAAUAUGGGACUUCGACCCAGCGGAAACUGUUAAAGAGAAAAUGGGUAAAAUUUUCAAGGUGAAAGGCGUAAAGGGCUUCCAGAAGUUGAUGAAAGAGCUGUACGUCACGGCGUCCACGGGAAAACACGACAAUGAACUUAUUGGCAACUGUAAUAUACCGCUUAAAUCCAUACCUGCGGGGGGCAUGACGAUGUGGUUCAACCUUAGUAAGAAGAGCAAGCUCCGGCGGCAAGGCGUAGUGAAGGUGCGGCUCAAUUUCUCCUCGGAGAAGAGUUCGCAGGUCGCUGCCCAGGAGCAUCGCCACUUGCUCAGGAUAUUGCUGCUGCAUGAGCUUGAGAGCUCCAAAGUGGCCCCAUACUGGUGGUGUGGCAAUUUUAGCGCCCCAGCUGAAGCCGUACUCACACAGCACGCUGCACAAAGUGGACUGACGCAGAACGACAAUACCUUAGCUCAGUGGUCUGUGUACUGCACCGUUACUCCUGACCACCCGCUCAGCUUCGCCCUCUUCGGCAACUUGCUUGAUAAACUCACCAAGCCCUUGCAGGCAGGCCUACUGAACGAAGAGGACGUCAAGCUAUUCUGGGAUGGUGCGAAGAAAUUGCUACCAACGUGCUUCAGCCAUAUUAGAAAAUUGAGGAAGAAGACUGCCGGCGACAAAACCGUUAUGAAAACACUUCGCGAAGUACUUAAGAUCUUGCAGAAAAUUUCGGUUUUGGACGCUCCGGAUUCAGUCGAAAUGUUCCCAAUUAACUUGUAUGGUUGGCUAAGGACCAAAGACGAUGGAAGCAAAUUGACAAUAUAUGAAGUAUUGAACCAGGCUGUAAUUCAAGGUGCUUCCGAUUGGUUCGUUCAUAUACUGGACAAUAAUGAAGUUAAGGAGAACACAGAAGAAGCCAGAUUGCAACAUCUAAUUAGAGUGAUUCAAUUGGUCCGAUCGGACUUGCAAAGGGCGAUUGAGUAUUACGAUAAAGUUUUUGUUGAAGUAAUGAGGUACCCCUAUUCUAAAGCCCUCUAUGGGAUAUAUGAAAGUAAGCUCGCCGACUUAGUAAAGCCACAAGUGACAGAAGUGUGCAAGAGUCUCAAGCGGUUACGGUACAGCGACGAUGGGUCGACGACCAGUGUGCAUUUGGCGGGAGGAGUAAACGGUGCGACAGGAAUGGGGACCCCACAGGUGGAAUCGGAGCCUUUGGCGAUGGGGACCACCUUGUUUGAACUCUAUUUGGCUUUGCAAAGAUUUUUGUCAUUAGGACAAGGUCUGAACCCGACUGAUUGGGACUCCUACGCUAUAUCAAAAUUUCACGUUUGGUUCUUUGAAGGUGUUGCUCAAUGGCUCGAUAUCGCCGCAUUCAAAGCCUUAACGAGAAUCGAGAAAGCAGUAGAACUGGAUAAUUUAGUGCCAGUGUACACGGAUGUGAAGUAUAGCAGCUCAUCGGUAGACACUAGGAGUAUAUUCAGCCAGAUUAAGAUCUUUUGGGAGCAACUCGCAUGGCCCGAAGUUGAAGGAUGUUACACUUUCGUUGCUAAGAUCAUCGACGACAUUUGUCGUUGUUGCGUGUUCUACUCAGACAAGAUGGCGAGUCGCGUUGACAGACUAGGCACUGUUAGCACUGUACACGAGGAACGCUUCGAAGUGACCACAGAAUGGUGCAUAGCUAUCAAUAAUAUUGACUUCGUGAGACAGAGUUUACAACCGUACGUAGAGGAACUUGGCAUGGAGGAUAUUAUUAAUAAGAUGUGUGAAGCCAGAAGUUCACUUGAAGCCCAAAGGUGCAAAGAGACACUCCAGAACGUAGUAGCAAACGCUAUAGAUACAGUGAAAAAUAAAAUUGUUGAAGUUAUUGAAGCACUUAUUAAAAAGAUGAUGCCAUCCAUUACUCGUUUCCUAGUGGAAGGUGCGGAACUACUCCACCAAGACUGUCUAAGCAUGGACCGUGUUAUGCGCUAUCUAGAACAAAAUCUUGAUACAUUAAACGAGCAUCUAAGUAACGAAAACUUCUCAAGAACUCUUGACAUAGUCUGGGAACAACUUGGCGAAGUUUUGUAUGAGCUUAUCCAAGCCAACUUAGAGCACCGAAGGGCAAAGAUUGCUCGCUUUAUCGACCCCAGGCGCCUGAGCAAAUCUGCUGCCGCCAACUUAGACGCGAAACGCCGCCCGCCAUCGUUCUUUUCGAAUCUCCAUGAGUGUUUAAAAAUAAUGAUACGAUCCUUCGUACAAGUUGAUAAGGAAGCAUAUACGUCAGACACGUUAAAGCGCGUGGAGUAUUUGUUGAAAAUACAUGGCAUGGAGACAAGGGAGUUGAUACAUCAAUAUCAUUUAGAGAGAUGGCAGGAACAAAAGGCCAUUACUGACCCUAAAAUGGGAGUGCUGACAGUCAGAGCUCAGUUUGUAGAAAACAAUUUGAAAGUCGAAAUUAUGAAUGCUAGAAAUUUACUGCCUACUGAUUCCAAUGGACUAUGCGACUCAUAUGUUCGAAUAGAGCUGCUGCCCGAGGAUACGUUCGUCAACGUGAUCAAAUGCAAGACGCAGACGCAUAAUAAGAAUCUCUUCCCGUUAUAUGACGAGAUGUUUGUGAUUCCCCUAAGCCCUGAACAGAAGCACACCCCGGACGGUCUUAUGCAUCUAGUGAUAAAGGACAAAGACAUGUUCAGUAUGAGCAACACGUUCGUUGGGGAGGCGUACGUCCGCUUUACCGAGAUACCUGACACGCCCGCGCCGAUAUCAAGUCUUCCUCAGCAGCAUUUGGCGCUAACCAGACCGACCAAUAUAGACGGCGACGCAGUGAAAGCGUUGGAAUCGCGUCCCGGCGACAAGCAAGCCCGCGACUUCAUCAAGAAACAACGCCAGAAGAUCCCCGGCAAGCAGUUCUUCUCUCUCAGCUGAAACUAAAUUACAUAACACCUAAAGAAUUAUACGUAAAAUCAUCUAUCUGUACUGAGGCUGACAAUUUUGUGUUCCUCUACUAUGAAGCAGAAUUUUAAAAAACUCAAAUUUCUGUUACUUAAUGAUUUAAAAGAUAUGUACAUAAUACAUUCGCUUGUAUGCAUUCAUAAACGUAGAGAAAUUGUUGAAUUGUUAAAAUACUUCACCCAUUAUUAUUUUAAUGGUAAAUACCAUUAUUUGUAUAUAAUAGUUUGGAAUAAAAUUAAAUUUUAAUUUCGCAUCGUCAGGACAAAGAAAAAACAAAUAACAAUACAUUCAAAAGUGUUUGUCAGCCUUUUGCAGGAUGUUCAUUCUGUCUGAAUGCAAUUUGUGUGAAACUAACUAGAGAUAUCUAUAAAUGUCGCUGUCCUUUUCGUUUAUACUUUCUCUGUCAGUUUCACUAAACAUCGUGCAGUGUAAUCUUAACUAAUUUAGAGCAUAGGUACAAGAGUACGUCAAGAUUUUUCAGGUGCACUGAGGAUAAAACGGCCCAAAUUCCAAAGUGUGAACCUUGAUGUGUUCUAUAUUGUACAUGGCCCAAAUACUGACCAAAUGACGUACAGCAGUAAGAUUUGUAAUUGAAAAACUAAAUAACUGCUUACGUCGAUCGAAAUUAAACAAAUUAUAUUUAUGUUUUAAAACACAAAUAUAAUAUUUUUUUUAUAUUCUAAUGAAAAAAUCGCGAAUCGGUGAACUGUGUGAUGAAUUUUACAGCGUUGGGAUGUGCAGCUUAUAAAAAUAUAACUUAAGUGUUGAAGAGUGUUAGGAUACACUUGUAAACUUGGGCCAGUGAAAAAGUGAAAACCGACAGUUAUGUAGGUGCGCCAAAUUCAGUGGGAACAUGCAAAACACGCAUACGAAUUUUACAAAGCUUGACCACUUCUGCCCUCCUUGUCAUAACCAACGCAUUUGCAUUUCGCUAACUUUCGAGAUAUUGGCAUCUACAUUUUUACGGUUACCCAAAAAUGUCAACUAAGUUGACUGAAACUAUUAUGAUAUUAAAUAACCGAUUAGAGGGGGUUGUAGAUCUUGUUUCGCUCACAGAUUCGAUUCCAAAUAUGCUAAUAACUCAAUUUCGCUAAAAAUGUCGAUUACCUUAGCGUAAUAUAAUAAUUGAAUAUAAUAAUAAAAUAAGGUGGGCAGAAUUUGUGAUCAAAAAGAUUAAAGGUCUACUAAACUAGUUGGGUAGCUAUUUUAUGAACUUAUUGAGAAAGUACCGAACUGGCUAUGCUCGCCUUUUGUCAUAUUGAAAUAUUAUCAAUGUAUGUCAUGGUAAAGAUAUAAUGUCGGGAAUAAUAUUAUUCAAUAAAUGUUUAAUAAAAAAAACUGAUAUAACUUAUACAUACAUACAAUAAAUAGUUAUCAGUACAUUAGUAUUUCGCCUUGGCGGUCGUUUUCUACUUUUUUAUUGGUCUUAUAUCGUAAGCAAUAAUGACUCGCUUAUAGAAAAGUAAGCAAUAUAUGUAUAGACUGAUAUGAGGCCGCUUAAUUUUAGAGUAAAUUACUACUUAGUUCAGUUUGUUACCAGUUCAUUUAGCACAGAAUCUCGACCUUGGCUAAGCCAAAAAUAGAGCACAUUUUUGUUGAAUUAUUUUGACCAAAACACAGUUCGAAAUUAUAUAAAAAUUAUAUAUAGUUGGACUAAAGAUCUCAUUAAAGCAGAAACUUCAAGAUUUAGUAAUUCUAACUGAACUCUAGAAUUUUUUGUAAGUUUUUAGAUAAUAUAUUUAUCGCAUAAAAGUAUUGAUGCGUUUGUGGCAGAGUAUUUAUAUUUGUUCGCCAUAAAUGUGUUAUGUCCUAAGUAAAUGUAGACUUAAUUAUUUAUAUUCACUGUGUUUAUAAAGUGGAGAGGGAAUAUGUAAUAUGGGGUGCUAAAACGUGACAUAUUCAUUGUAAAACAAAUGUAGUGUGUUCUAAGUAGUUAUUUUCUGUGAUAAAGAAAUGUGCCUUACUUUAUUUCUUUAAACUUCUCACUUUCAAUUUUAUUUCUUUUGGUGGUAUUGUUAUACAAUGAACUACAAUGGUUUAUAUGCGACAUUAUAAAUUUUGAAUAAACAUACAAAACAAGCAAUAUCAACUUAUGUGGUUUAUUGUACGUUCCAAUUUCUUUUUACUUCAUUAUAAUGCCCGAGAUUCUUUAUUUUCGUUAU